CUUCCGGUUCCGGCGCGCAGUGCACGGCGGGAAGCUGCCGGAGGCCAUUAGGAGUGAGCGCGGGCCCAGGCUGAGGCGGUCGGAGUAGAGCCACAGCACUGCAAACAUGUCUAUUGGAGUGCCCAUUAAAGUCCUGCAUGAGGCUGAAGGCCACAUUGUGACAUGUGAGACCAAUACAGGAGAAGUUUACCGAGGCAAACUCAUUGAAGCUGAAGACAACAUGAAUUGUCAGAUGUCCAACAUAACGGUGACGUACAGAGACGGCAGAGUGGCACAGCUGGAGCAGGUGUACAUCAGGGGCAGCAAGAUACGGUUUCUCAUUUUACCAGACAUGCUGAAGAAUGCUCCCAUGCUAAAGAGCAUGAAGAAUAAAAACCAGGGCUCAGGUGCUGGCCGAGGAAAAGCAGCUAUUCUCAAAGCCCAAGUGGCUGCAAGGGGAAGAGGUCGUGGGAUGGGCCGUGGCAACAUCUUCCAGAAGCGAAGAUAAUUUUGGUCUUGAGCAAGGUGCUUUGGUGGCUGGUUUUUUUUUUUUUAUUAGGGUGUAUUAACUUGACCUGUGCAUUGGUAUCAGUUUUGUUUAAUAAAUGUUUCUGUCAAAAACUUGUCUGCUCUUACACAGGGCUCCUUUUGGCCAAAUACAUGGUAGGUAGAUUUCAAACUUCAACCAGCUUUAUAUAUAAAAUAGUGGAUUUUAUAGCUACAUCUGCCUGCUUUGUGUGAUGCAUUGACUCCUAAAGCUCAGCAUAGAUCAUCAUGUUCCCUUUUUCUUGUUUAGUGCUGUUGCCAUUUUUUCUCUAAAAGAAUUAGAACCUUGGAGUUCUAAAAGGCACCUUUUAAAGUCCUACUAGCUGUGGCCGAACAAAGCACUGUGUUCUCUUGCCUUAUAUGGACCUGCAAUAGACAGAGGUCCCAUCUUCAGAGCUGUGCAUUGAGUUUGUGUUUUUGCAUUUUUCUCUUUGGAUAUGAGGAGAACUUUUUUGUAAGGAACACACAGCUUUGAUAUCUUAACUAUGGAUUUGCAGUGACAGAUUCUGAGUUUUUCCCUCUGCUGGGCAAGAAGGCAGGCUCCAAAACAGGCAUUUUCAAGGUGAAUGUGAAACGUUUGUAAAGCUGGAAGGGAGUGGAGGUGUAUGGGGAAAGCUUUCUGAAUGGUUACUCAUGAAAUGCAGCUCCAUACAAAUAAUAAUCUUCUGGACAAAGCUUAGGAUCAGCUUUAGGUUUCCCCUCUGUGCACAGCUGCCCCACAGGCAGCCAUGUGU